AGCAUUUAUUGAGCGGCAGUCAGUUUGAAAAAGUUGCUCGGGGAAUCAUCACAUCAAAUUAUGCUGGAAGUUACUUUGACCUUGGUGGGAUUGCUGGCGGUGCUCUUCUAUGUUUUCAUGAGAUGGAAUUUCGACUACUGGCACAAGCGGAAAGUUCCGGGUCCCCCUCCACGCAUCCUCAUUGGCAACUAUCCCGAUAUGUAUACUAUGAAGCGACAUACUAUCUACGGUCUCGAUGAAAUCUAUCGGAGCUACAAGCAGCAGUACGAUGCAGUUGGCAUCUAUGAAGCACGAAAGCCGCAGUUGUUGGUGAUCAGCCCGGAACUGGCACGACGAGUUUUCGUCUCGGACUUCAAGCAUUUUCAUGACAACGAGCUUUCUGUAAUGGUGGAUGAAAAGUCCGACUAUAUAUUCGCCAACAAUCCAUUCUCCUUGGUCGGCGAAGAAUGGAAACACCGUCGGGCUGACGUCACACCCGGACUGACCAUGAGUCGUAUCAAAGCUGUCUACCCGGUAACCAAUGAGGUCUGCGGCAAGGUGAGCGACUGGCUACGCAAGCAAAUACGCCUGUCUCCUCCGGAGGGAAUCGAUGCUAAGGAUAUGAGCCUCCGAUUCACCUCUGAAAUGGUCACCGAUUGUGUGCUGGGCCUAAGGGCCGAGAGCUUUUCUGAGAAGCCCACACCAAUUCUGGCUAGCAUCAAGAAUCUGUUUGUGCUAUCCUACUCUCUCAUGCUUUACUUUGCCUUAGCCGGCAUAUUCCCCAGUUUAAUUCGAUUUUUCAAGGUGCGCUUCGUGCCUUUGCCCAUAGAACGAUUCUUUGUGGAUCUGAUGCAGAAUGCGGUGGAUACGCGUCGUGCUCAGCUGGCUGCUGGCAAGCAGUUCGAGCGCAUUGAUUUCCUCGACUAUAUACUGCAAUUGGCCGACAAGAGGAAUCUAAAUACACGCCAGUUGACUGCUCACACAAUGACCUUCCUGCUGGAUGGCUUCGAAACGACGGCAACGGUCCUGAGCCAUCUACUCCUGCUGCUCGGACGUGAUGAGGAGGUGCAGCAGCGAUUAUUAAAUGAGGUGCAGGCACAUCUCAAUGAAAAGGGUGUCAUUGACUUUGAGAAGCUGAACGAGCUACCAUUUCUGGAUGCCUGUGUGCAGGAAACUGUUCGCCUAUUUCCGCCCGCCUUCAUGUCCUUAAAGCUAUGUACAGAGCCGAUCGAGUUACCCAACAGGAAAGGCGAGAACUUCGUUGUGGAGCGGGGCACCAGCAUUGUCGUGCCACAUUUCUGCUUCAUGCAGGACGAGGAGUACUUUCCCAAUCCCACGGCAUUCCAACCCGAUCGCUUCAUGCAGCCCGAUGCGGCCAAAAUGUAUCGCGAGCAAGGCGUCUUCAUGGGCUUCGGCGAUGGUCCACGCAUCUGCAUAGGAAUGCGCUUUGCUUUGGCACAAAUUAAGGCCGCUGUUGUUGAGGUGCUUAACAACUUCAAUGUUCGUGUUAAUCCCAAGACCCGCAAUGACAAUGAUUAUGAGCCUACAAGCUUUGUUACCAGCCUUAGGGGUGGCAUUUGGCUGGACUUUGAAGAACGUAAAUGAAAAAGCUGAAUUCACUUUAAAUUUUUACCCCAAUUGCAAUUUCUUACGAUAUCAAAUCUACUCAGCGCAUGAACAAGAUUUCUGUAUACUAAUUUUCUAUAAUUAUAAUUGAUUAUAAUAUAACGCGGAUAAAAAAGUU